AUACAGCCAGAGAAGAAGUCAGUGUCGUUGAAGGAACAACUAGCAUUAGUUACGCCACUUAUAGACGAUUUAAGAGUUAAGAAGGAUGACAGAGUUAGGCAAUUUGCUGAUGUAAAGACACAAAUCGACAAGAUAACAAGUGAGAUCUCGGGGUAUUCUAAUAUCAUCAAUUCUGUGAGUUCGUUAAAUCUGGAAGAUCACGACUUGUCACUGAGAAACCUCUCCGAAUACAAAUCUCAUCUUCGUGCUCUUCAGAAGGAGAAGUCCGAGCGGAUCCAAAAGGUUUUAGACUGCGUAAAUGAGGUGCACUCUUUAUGUGGUGUACUAGGGAUGAAUUUUGACAGAACUGUGAGUGAUGUGCAUCCGAACUUGCACGAAACAAGCCUUGGACAAUCAACGAACAUCAGUACCACCGCAUUGGAAAGUCUAGAACAGACCAUUUCCAAACUGAAGACGGAAAGAAAAGUUCGAUAUCAGAAGCUAAAAGAUGUUGCUGGAUUGUUGUUCGAGCUUUGGACCUUGAUGGAUACAACAAGAGAAGAAAAGAGUAACUUAUCGAGGAUCACUUCCAUUCUUCGUCUUUCUGAGGCAGACGUUACAGAACCAGGUGCUCUUUCGUGGGAGGUUAUUCAACAGGUAUCGACAGAAGUAGAGAGGCUGACGAAAUUAAAAGCAAGCAGGAUGAAAGAGUUGGUCAUGAAAAGGAGAGGUGAGUUAGAAGACAUAUGCUACAAAAACCAUAUCGAACCUGAUCCAAGUACUUCAGCUGAUAAAUCUAGUGCAAUGAUCGACUCUGGUCUUGUCGAUCCUUGUGAGCUCCUGGCAAAUAUUGAAGCACAAAUAAACAAAGCAAAGGAUGAAGCUUCAAGUCGAAAAGAUAUAAUGGAUCGAAUAGACUGGUGGCUUUCUGCUUGUGAGGAGGAAAACUGGCUUGAAGAUUAUAACCAG